AACUCCCACAGAGUUCUCGACAGUGUUCAUGAGGAGCUGGCUGACAAGAAGGAAGCAAUGGUGACAGACGGGCGAAGGAAAUCAUGUGAGCCUCCCCUCUCCUCCACAGGAGACUUGACGAUGUGAAUGCACACAGUAACGUUUGGUGAGACCGACUCAGGAAAAAAAUAGGGAGGGUGGGGGGGCGUGCUCCCGGCUGUGUCUGUCUCCAGGAAUGAUGCCUCUCUUCUGUAUCGCGCUUUGGUCAGCGCUCCCUCCUCUAGCUCUUUUCUCGGGUCCAGACCGUUGCAGCAUCCAUGCAAGCAGCAGCUCACAGAACAAGUCUCCACUGCUGAAAUCUUUACAGUGCUACAAUGACUAUGCAUCCUAUGUCCACUGCGAGUGGAGCGAGCACGGGAACACAACGCUGCAGCUCUGGUUCAAGACACAAAACAACAGGGAGCAGUGUUUGCCUUACGGCCCUGCAGCACAAGACACAAGUGAGCACAGGACGGUCCAGUGCAGGUAUAAAACUAGUGCUCUUUCCAUCGGCAUCAGACACACUGUCUUCUUCCUCAAAGAGAAGACAGAAACCCUCUGCUCAUCUGUCCCACGCAAGCCUCUGGCUCUGUCUCAGCGCUUGAGAGCGCGGCCACCAGUCGGUCUGUCCACGCACGAUGCAGGUGACGGAGGCCGACGGCUCAGCUGGUCCAGCCCCUACCCCUCCUCCUCCUCCCUGAACAGGAACAUCACAUAUCAGCUCCGCUACAGGACGGACAGGCAGGACAACUGGACGACUGAGAGUGUCACAAACACCAGUCUGACACUCGAGAAGCGGCUGUUGCUUCCAGGUCACAGGUAUGAAGCCAAGGUGAGGGCCCGGACCAGCGUGGGCCAGUGGAGCCACUGGAGUCCUGUGGCGACGUGGCAGACUGAGCAGGACGCCGGGCAGUUUCCCAGCUUGCAUUGUGUGCUGGACGGGGAGAAGGAGGUGAUGUGCAGCUGGGAGGUCAGCAGAGAGCAGGCUCACUUCAUUACCCACCAGCUGGCCUGUCGACGCAACCAGACUGCACCGUCUGAGAGAUGCUGCGUGAACCCGACAGUCACUUCUGACCUCAGCGGGACGGUGCUGAGGUACAGCUGCUCACUGACUGUCACCGACCCUGCACAUCUGCUGCUGGAGCUCCUACCAACACGCAAUGCCAAGGUUUUUGAGGCCAACCAACACAUUCGUCCCGACCCCCCACAGCAGGUAAAGGUGUGGGAGAAAGGCAGCAGCUGGAUCGUGGAAUGGACUGAACCGAACAAAGACCCCAUACUCACAUACUAUUAUCAGCUCUGCUAUUACAGGAUACAGGAUAAGAAAUGUUCUAUCAGGAACAUUUCAGAGGGGUCCACGUCCCUGAACAUCCUGGUGGCUUCUCUGGCCCCGUCCCAGCGCUACCAGGUGAAGGUCAGGUCCCUGAUCGUCCCCGGAGAGGAUUCCAUCUACGGGGGGAUCCCCUCUGAAUGGACUGAUCCUGUGGACUGGACCUCAAGUGAGGCCACCUGGUCCCUCACCACCCUGAUCUAUUUCUCCGUCAGCGUGUGUGUGGCCGCAGUCUUCCUCAUGCUCUACUGCACCAUUCCAGCUUGUCAAAGGAGGGUAAUUCUGUGGGUGGAGUCAGUUCCUUCUCCAGGCAAAAGCAAAAUCCUGUCUGAGCUCAAGUCUGCCACCAGCCGGAACCUCAUGCAGAGCGAGAACACGUCCAUGUGCAAGGUGCAGCACUCGGACAGCGUGUCCACAUGCUCCUCGGAUGUUUCGCUGUGGCCAACCAAAGACAGUGAAAAAAAGUGUUUGGAGCAGGACGAGGGCUGCUGGAGGUGUGAUAACCAGCACCCACUUGCUGUGGAGGUUAGCAGCUCUGACACGUCCUCCUUGAGCUUCAGCGGGCCGUACAUCCUCUGUCAGACAUCAGAGUCAAACUUCAAUCCAGUGGAUGUCAAGUGUGGAGUGAGAGAGACAGACACCCCGUCAGAUGACUCUGCGCCUCCUUCCCCUGUAAACUUCACCUUUUACGGGGAAGGUUACGUGCGUCUACCCAACCGAAACGAGUCCAGGUCCACACAGGAUCUUGUAUCUCACGGCGAUGGCAGCACGAACACACACAGGCACGACAGCGCUGAGCAGGACCAGCGCCGCGCAGAUGCCACGACGUGGCCAGAUGACACGGACGUUCGGCCAGGCCUCGGCGAGCCCACCGCCAGCCACCAGCCUUCACCUUACACCUCAGGACCUUUCAGUCCCUGGCCUCAAGGGGGCACCAUACAGGCCUCAGGGUACUGCCACCUUCCCACAGCCCACGUGCAGGCAGAAAAAUAACCUGCAAGAGAUGAGCAUAUCAGGACAGACCUAUCAGGCUUCCUCAGCAGUGAUUUUUGUUUUGUUUUUUUUAUUCAGCUUUAUUUUAAGCCACGUAUGCUUCAAUUUGAAAAAUGCAAUCAUGCAUAUGAAUAAGAGCUUUUUUUACACAUUAGAAAGAAUUGCUUGAGAACCAUUUUGAUGGUUUUAUGACUUAUCUGAGCAAACAUCAGGUUAGUUGGAUGACCAGUGGAGGGCAGUAGUGAGCUGAGCCCGUGAGUGUGCAAGUGAAUCUAAGGGAUGGACUUCAUCUUAGCAUAAAUAUAUGUAUAUAUAUAUAUAUAUAUAUAUAUAUAUAGAUGAAAUUCAUUUAUUUUCUUGAUUAUAUUCCCAAACAUGUAAGAUGUUUCAUAAGGGCCAUGUCUGUUUUACUACUUCCUCACAUUCACUGGCUCUCUCACAGCUGAGAUGAGGAGCGGAAUGACGUACGUAUGCAUGUUUGCACAAAGGAGUGUGAGUUUGGAUCUAGUGGGCGAUGUUGUAGCCUAUGUGUUGCUGAAUGUAUAUGUACAGUGUUAACCGCAUGCUGCUGUGUUGAUACUGUUAUACCGUGCGGCACCGGUGCUGUCGUUGUUUAUUUUAGGCCUACAGAGAUGAUUGAAAGGAAAUGACAAGGUACUGAAAAGAUGUCAAAGCUACCUUUAAUACAUAGGCCAGGCCACUUCUUCAGGUAUGUUAUUUAUCGUAUAUCUAUUCUGAUGUCAAUAAUUGAUCAUGAAUGAUUAAUGCAUCCGGUGAAAUAAUGGUUUGCUAUGGUUAGCGAUGUUUGCAGCUCUUUUACAUUGUCAUAGCAGAUUUGUAAAAUGUUUGUUGACAGUUUAAAAGGUACAACUAGCAAAAGCUGAUGCAACAGUCCUGCAAUAAAUCCUGCCUUGACCAAGGUUAUAACAUUUAGUUUUUAUUGAAUGAACUGUUGGAGAAGUGUUGAUUCAACGUAAUGAAUCGACAUUAACCGUCAUUUUGGAGGAUGUAGUUUGUGGUGCUGUAGAAUUGUGUUGCUCUG